CAGCCCUCCAGUCUCAGGCGAAAGGAAGCACGUUCAGCUUCGUCAACAUGUCACUCAAGAGCGUGGGUACAGCUUUGACACGUACGUUAUGGUCUAGAGGAAACAGGACACCCCCGCUGUCCCGAAACCCGAAAGUAAACAGACUUUCCACCACAUGUGGGGUGCUUGGAGGAACAAAUCAUGGCGAUAAGUCCACACACCAAAGUUGCAAGUCGGAUUCGGACAGGCCAAGUGGCGAGGCAGCGUCCCCCGGUGAGCAUCCACACAAAUGUGCAUCUGGAGACAGCAAGAGACCCAAGGACUCCAUGCGUGGUCCCGGUGUCACUGGCGUGAGGAGACGGUCCUUCACCUCCAAUGCAGCUCCGAUGGACCAGCGGUCCUAUCUCUGGACGCGUUACAACGACUUGAAACGGCUGGUUUACGACCUCAUCCCUCCAGGGGCGUGUAAAAGCCUCAACUCCUCAGUCAUCUAUGCCAACAAUGAAGUCGACCUGGCCGAAGUGGACAUCUAUGGCUUCGACUAUGACUACACCUUGGCUCAGUACUCCAACGCACUCAACACACUCAUCUACAGCACUGCAAGGGAUUUCCUAGUUGAACAUUUCAAGUACCCUGAAGAAAUCAAGAAAUAUGAUUAUCUUCCCAACUUUGCCGUCCGUGGUCUUCACUAUGAUAUUCAAAAGGGUCUUCUGAUGAAAAUUGAUGCGUUUCAUUACAUCCAGCCAGGAACAGUGUAUCGGGGCCUGACUCCACUGCCAGAUGAAGAGGUCCUUGAUCUUUAUGGUGGGACCUUCCAUGUUCCAUUGCAGCAGGACAGUGGCUUCUAUGGAAAGGGGCCGAAGGUGAAGCAGUUCAUGGACAUUUUCUCCAUUCCUGAGAUGACUUUAAUGGCUGUGGCCAAUGACUUUUUCAUCACCAAUGACAUCGAAUAUGAUCCAGUGCAUCUCUUCAAGGAUGUUUCUGAGGCCAUUGGCAUGGUUCACAUCAAAGGCUAUAUGUACAAGUGGAUCAUGCAAGAUCUUGAUAAAUUCAUCCUGAGAGGAGAUGAGACAGAUGCUGUUUUGCAUAAACUGGCCAGUCAUGGAAAGAAGCUUUUCCUCAUCACCAACAGUCCGUUCAGUUUUGUGGAUAAAGGAAUGACACACAUGGUGGGGGAAAAGUGGCGAGACUUCUUCGAUGUUGUCAUUGUACAGGCAGACAAGCCUCACUUCUUUACCGACUGCAUCAAACCUUUCAGGCGCUUGGAUGGUAAUGGAGACCUGCGGUGGGAGAAGAUAACCAGUUUGGAAAAAGGACAGAUUUACAAGCAGGGAAACUUGUUUGACUUUCUCAGGCUGACAGGCUGGAGGGGAUCUAAGGUCCUUUACUUUGGAGACCAUCUUUACAGUGACUUAGCUGACCUCAUGUUGCGCCACGGCUGGCGUACAGCUGCCAUCGUCCCUGAGCUGGAGCACGAAACCAAAGUUGUGAGUGCUCACAGGUAUGCUGUGAACCUCACCUGGCUGCAGGCUUUAACUGGUCUCAUGGAGCGCCUCCAGAUCCACCGGGAUGCCGAGUCCAGAGAAGUUUUUGUGGAGUGGCAGAAGGAAAGAGAAGAACUGAGGGUGAUGACCAAGAACCUGUUCAACCCUCAGUUCGGCAGCAUCUUCAGAACAUUACACAACCCCACCUAUUUUUCUAGGCGUCUAAAUCGUUUCUCAGACAUCUACAUGGCCUCUCUGAGCUGCCUUCUGAAUUAUGACCUGUCGUACACCUUCUACCCGCGGCGCACCCCUCUUCAGCACGAAGCUCCCCUGUGGAUGGAUCAGCUCUGCACCGGCUGCAUGAAGACACCUCACCUGGAGGACAUGGCUAACAUCCGAUGAGAGCUGUGCUCUCCAAACAGACUGGCAAGACUUCUAGGUUUUCGUUCUGGCAGACACUUGAGGGAAAUAGUUCCAUUUAACAGGGUUUCUUAGUCUACAGGAAGGCGCUGCAAAACCCAUCCACAGGUUACAUAUCACUUCCAGUCAAAGGGAAGGAUUCCUCACUGGAGACCACUGGGGGGCGCUUUAGAGCUAUGGUAGGUGAUAAACAGAAGGCAUGUCAAUAUUUUGACACAAAACUGACAGACAUUUGUUUCCAGUUGAAGCAAUUUGUGGAAAUGUUGGAAAAUCUGAGCUACAGUCGCACAAUUUAAACAAAAACAAACUUUUUUUGUACUAACGUGUUUAUUAUCGUACCCUUUUUAUGUAAUAAAAGGCGCAGUUAUACAAGUUACCUAGAAUGAGUUCUACUUGUAAGUGAAACUAACCUCUGAUGAAUCUAAUACAAAGUUAAAUGUAAAUCUUGAUCUGUAUGUUUUACGAUUUGGGUUGAUUUUUCAUUGGCCAUUUGGUUGCUAGGCAGAGUAUCAUCCAUUCAUAUCUAAUGUAGUCUGAAUCAAGAAUUCAUUACUUGCAGCUGUCGGCGAAAGACAACAGCAAAGGUACCGUACUCUGCUUUUCUAAAAUUUAGGUUAAAAAUAAAAAUAAGAAUCUGUGCCUCUUUUAGUUUGAUGAAUCUUUAGGAAUGUUCAUCUGGAUUAAGGCAGACAUAAAAUCUGCAGAGGUUUUUUUGUUCCCAUUUUGUUAUUCUGUCUGUCCAGGAAUGUACUUGCUGUUACUUAUUAACAAUAAUGUAAGGCGAAGUAAGCUUGUGCUGUGCCCCUUUUAUGAUAAUUGUAAAUAAAAACAAUUAAACUCA